AUGGCCGAGCUCCGCAGCGGCCGCAAGACGUCCCACUGGGUCUGGUUCGUCUUCCCCCAGCUCGCGGGCCUCGGCGCCUCGGCGCUGAACCGCUACUUUGCCCUCGCGUCCGUCGACGAGGCGCGCCGCUAUGCCGAGCACGCUGUUCUCGGGCCGCGGCUGCGCGAGGCUGUGGGGGCUGUUUUGGCCUGCGAGGAGGGAGAUGUGGUGAGGCUGUUUGGGGAGACGGACUGGGUGAAGGUUCGGUCUUGUCUGACGCUGUUUGCGGCGGUGGAGGGGCCGGGGGAGAGUGUUUUUCGGCGGGCUUUGAGGGAGCGGUUUGGGGGCGAGGCGUGUUUGGCUACGCUGGAGAUGGUGGAGGAGGAGAGGGCGGGGUUGCUUCUGGGGCCGUAA